AUGACGACGCCUCACCAGCCAGACGGCAAGGGGACCGAUAAUGGAGGAGGACAUGGAAGAGGCAGUAUAGGCACGCUUCAGGAGAGGCGAGCGUCUGUCAUGAUGGAGCCCAGACACAACCACAAGCUGGGCACCGUGUCCGGAGUCUACAUCCCCGUCUUUCUCAACAUCAUAAGCAUUCUAAUGUUCUUGCGGUUUGGUACCAUCAUUGGAAGCAUCGGGUUCAUGGGCAUUCUCGGGCUUCUCGUCACAGCAUAUUGCAUCGAUCUUUUGACGACUCUUUCUUUGUCGGCAAUUGCUUCGAAUGGCGAAGUCAAAGGCGGAGGUGCCUACUAUCUCAUCUCACGAUCUCUCGGUCCCGAGUUUGGCGGCUCCAUUGGAAUUCUCUUUUACCUCGCCCAGGUCCUUAACGCGAGUAUGAACGUUGUUGGUCUCAUUGACUGCAUCCGCCUCAACAUGGGCUCAGCUUUUCCUCAAGGAUAUUGGACCGGCUAUGGCCUUCAAACUGCGGCUCUUGUUCUAUGUACCGGCCUCUGCUUCCUUGGAUCGGCCACUUUCUCGCGAGCGUCGAACGCGUUGCUGGCGAUCCUGAGCCUUGCCAUCAUCAGUAUCCCAGUGUCUGCCAUCUUCAAGACUCCUUUCCACGAUAAGGAGCUAGGCAUUCACUUUACCGGCCUUAGCCUCGAUACGUUGACCGAUAACUUUCUUCCUCAUUUUGGCAGUCCCGCGUUCAAAGGUCUCGAGACGUUCCGUGACCUCUUUGGCAUUCUUUUCCCUGCCACUUCUGGAAUUUUUGCGGGAGCAUCAAUGUCUGGAGAUCUAAAAGACCCCAGCAGAUCGAUUCCUCAUGGAACACUAUGGGCCAUGUUGACAACCUUUAUCGUCUACUUUAUCGUGAUUCUCUCUCUGGCCGCGAGUACAACACACGCCUCGUUUCUGGCAAACCCGAAUGCUAUCUCGCUCACUAACUUGUCUCAACCCGUUAUUCUCGCUGGCGAAUGUGCUGUCACCUUCUUCUCUGCUCUCAUGGGUCUCAUUGGAGCCUCGAAGCUAUUCCAAGCAUUUGCUAGAGACAAGCUCCUGCCAGGUCUCUCAUUCUUCAGCAAGGGAACGAAACACGGUGAUGAGCCCAUCUAUGCUCUGCUGCUGACAUAUGCAAUUGCUCAGGUGGCUCUCCUGGCUGAUCUCAACCAGAUCGCUACCUUCAUCUCCAUGGGUUAUCAGAUGACCUUCUUCGUCAUGAACCUCGCCUGUUUCCUCCUCAAGAUUGGCUCUGCUCCUAAUUUCCGACCGAGUUUCAAGUUCUUCAACUGGCAAACCGCAUUCACAGCAGGCAUUCUGUCGGCCUUUGCCAUGUUCUUCAUUGACGAGACUUACGCCGCCAUUGCAGUAUCGGUUCUCGUCUUGCUAUUCUUGCUCAUCCACUACCUUAGUCCUCCAAAGCACUGGGGUGACGUGUCCCAGAACCUCAUCUAUCACCAGGUGAGAAAGUAUUUAUUGCGUCUCAGACCGGAACAUAUCAAGUUCUGGCGACCGCACAUCAUCCUUCUCAUCAACGACCCAAGGCGUCAGACCAGACUUAUCCAGUUCUGUAACUCGCUGAAGAAGGGCUCGUUAUACAUCCUCGGGCAUGUAAUUGUGACGGACGACUUCAACUCUGGGGUACACGAAGCAAGACUACAGCAACACGCUUGGACGAACUACAUAUCUGAGUUUUCCAGGAUCAAAGCCUUCGUGCAACUGACAAUGUCUCCUACUAUCACCUGGGGAAUCCGAAACUUGAUCUUGUCGGCAGGACUCGGCGGAAUGCGCCCCAACAUUGCCGUCCUGGGUUUCUAUAACAUGGAUGAGCUACGAAAGUCAAGUAGCAAAGUCCGCGUUCCAGAUAUCCCCGCUUCUCCUUCGACUCAGAUGCGCCGGCCCCCAAAGGCUGAAGGGAAAGCACCCCAACGUCGGCGAGGAGACACAUCAGCGAGACUAUUGGAGGGUUUCCUCCCCACUGAUGUGAUCCGGACCGAGGAUUUGAUGUCCCCAACGCAAUACUUGACGAUCAUUGAGGAUCUAGCGCUUCGAUAUCGACUUAACAUUGCGGUGGGAUAUGGCUUUGAUAAGCUAGAGACGCCUAGGAAAGAUGGAACCAACGUUAAAAAGUAUAUCGAUCUUUGGCCUAUUCAGAUGUCGGCUGAAGUUACAGCCGAAGGGAAGAGUUUGCUAACAACCAACUUUGACACUUACACCCUCAUUCUACAACUCGGGCAUAUCCUCCACAGCGUCCAGGCUUGGAAACAAUCUUACACAUUGCGAGUCAUGGUGUUUGUUGAGUACGAGAGUGAAGUACACGAGGAGUAUAGCCGAGUGCUAGCUCUCCUCGAAAAGUUACGGAUUGAUGCUGAAGUCAAGGUUUUUUGCUUGGCUUCAGGUGAACUAAACACUUACGAGCUCAUAAUCCACGGAAUAAGCCACGACAUUGAUUGGGAGAUUGUGGUCAAUGACACACUUCGAGACGAAGAAUGGUGGGACGAUCUACAGAUGUUCCGAGGACGCGCAGACAACAUGACCUCGACUCAAGAGUUUGAUCAUCUGGCACACAUUUUCGACUCUACCUCUGGGCGACCUGGUGUGUAUAACCCACACGAGGAGAUGUAUGAACGGCGCCGCGCGAGUAUGGCGGAGGUUCCCGAGCUUCCCAGGCGACCGGCCAUCGGUAUGCUUUCAAAGAUGGGCGUAAAUAUGGGUAUUCACACACAUCACCUCCCUGAUGACGCCUUGGAUGAGUCGAGUAGCGACGACGAGGACAUUGAUGACCAAUCUACCACGGAUCUGGAUGAGGAGAUGGGCUACAAUUACGGCUUCUCAAGUGCCGUCGGCGAUGACAGCGUCGGCCCAAGUGACCCAGCACAACGGCCAUUGCUGUCGCACGCAGACCGUCACGAAGCUGAUGACAGGGUACACGGAGACUUCUGGGAACGAUUUGGCCGGCGUCGGAGGUCCAACACUACUGGUGAUACAACUGCUACAUCGUAUGGCACAAUGUCUUCCUCUGCUACCGUCAAAGGUGUUGGAUUGGGUCAGUCGACACAACUCUCAGCUUCCCAACCUGCAGAAGCAACAGGAUCACAAUCGGAUCGUUUAUCGCGCCAAGAUAGCAGGAGAGUUCAGCUCGAGCCGUUUCCAACUCUUGGGUCGAGAGAGACAACGGAAGUUUCGGCACAAGUCUCUCGCGUGCGCCCGCCGAGCCCUUCAAGGGGAGACACUGUGCGGCCAUAUCGCAGUGGCGCAUCGACACCAGGGAGACCAAAUCUCUCUAGGCAAUCAUCAGCCGUGAGGUUCUCCAGCCGGCCGGUUCCUGAGACAAAGAUAGCAUCCGAGGCAGAAGGGACAACCAUCAGUUUUGCGCCACCGUCUAGCUCUGAAUCGGAAACACCAAGAGCCGGGCCGCCACGGCCGAGCUACUCGCGGCAAUCAUCGCUGGGGAAGUUCUCCAGUCGACCUAUGCCUGAUACUCGGUUGACAACUGGUGAAGAGGAGGGGAGGACGAUAUCCUUUGCGGAGCAGCCCGUCUAUCACCCGCCUUCGACAACUCAAUCUCGAUACACUUCACGACGCAGCUCUCAAGGAUCAAGGGAUGGAAGAGGUGAAGGUUCUCGGGUCCCUGAGAUGCUCGAGAGGUAUAGACUGGGGUCGCAGGUGGAGGAGGAGGAGCCAAGCCCGGCUUACAUGGCGCAGGGGGUGGAGCUGUCAUUCAACGAGUUGCCAAGCAGGGCCCAGCACCUCAUUCUCAACGAGCUGAUGCGCCAGCACUCCAAGGAAACGGCCGUGCUGCUCAGCACUCUUCCGAUUCCCUCGGAGGGAACCAGCUUAGACGAGGUGGCAACGGUGCAGUACCUGUCAGAUGUGGAGGUGCUAUGCAACGAGUUGCCACCGACUCUGAUGGUCCUGAGCAACAACAUGACGGUAACUGUCAGCCUCUAA